CUUCUAAGAAGUAAAACAUCUCGUUGCAUACAUGCAUUGGUCGUCUUUAAAUAUUUAUUAAGGUUUUUCCUCCAGCAUGCAGUGGAGGUGUCAUGUAUUAUAGUUUUUAAAAUAGAAGUGUCUGUAAAUUGAAUCGGUUACAACCGAAGUACAAAAAAACAAAUAAACAACAUGAAGAAUGGACGGCUGGCGGUGGUGUUUUUCGUGAAUAUAAUAAAAUUGCUUAGUGUGCACUCUGCAUCGGGAGACUUCCCAAACUUUCCUACUAAAGAUGAUUACGGAAUAGUCAUAGGCACCAAUUCAAACCCGGUCGACGACGACAUUACCGACAAUGGACCAGCCGCGCCGCUUAAGAUGACCCACCUGCGCGUGCGCUCCGAGAUCGCUCUGCGCUACGCGCGCACGGCCGUCGUAUCCAACGUGUACAAUCCCAGCAAGCGGCCACAGGAAGCCACUUUUUACGUGCUGCUGCCUGACACCGCCUUCAUUAGUGGAUUCACUAUGACUCUUGGUAAAGAAACCUACAAAGCAUAUGUAAAAGAAAAAGAAGUAGCUAAACAAAUAUACAAGGAUGCGGUUGCACAGGGAGUUUCCGCUGCUCACGUCGCUACCAAAGCUCGGGACUCCAAUCACUUCACAAUAAAAUUCAACUUGGAAGGCAGGAGUAAUGCGACGUACCGCUUAACGUACGAAGAGUUGUUGGUCCGUCGGAACGGCGUGUACAACCAUGCUAUCAACCUGCUCCCUGGCGCGCUCGUGCCCAAAAUGGACGUCGUUGUACACAUCAAGGAGUCUCAGAAGAUCUCGGUGCUGCGCGUGCCAGAGUUGAGAACUGGCAACGAGAUCGAUGCGACAGAGAAUGACGCACAGUACGCAAACGCAGUAAUCAAAAGAGGCUAUAACGAGAGGGAAGCUACUAUCACUUUCACUCCCGAUCUGAAAGAACAGAAAAGAUUAGCUGAAAUAUAUGCGAAAAAAAGUAAACAGUCAAGCGACCCUGAAUCUUUUAACAUUGGGUACGACAGCACAGAAGAUGUCAAUGAAAAUGUGGGUCUCUUAGGACAGUUUGUUGUUCAAUAUGACGUGGAUCAGCCAAAGAAUGGAGAAAUUUUGGUGAAUGACGGCUACUUCGUCCACUUCUUCGCCCCGAGUUCCUUGCCGCCGCUGAGCAAGCACGCCGUGUUUGUCCUGGACACGUCCGGUUCCAUGGGUGGCAGCAAGAUCUUGCAACUGAUAACAGCUAUGAAAGCCAUUCUCUCCGACCUCAAUCCAAGCGACUACUUCAACAUCAUUGAAUUUAAUUCAUAUAUCACAGUUCACAACUUGAACGAGGUUGAUAAGCAAAGAGAUAAUUUGCAUAAGAACAGCUUGGUGCCACCUGCAGUUGCUUCGCCUGAAAAUAUAGCUGCAGCUAAGACUAUCAUAUCUAAACUCCGUCCUGGAGGAGGUACUAACAUCUUCAGCGCUCUAGACAUGGCUAUGAAUCUCAUUCAAAACGAGGGCAAUCAAACAGAGGUAGCAAAUGACACGAUUUCGGAAGGUGGCGUAAACAAUACAGAUAUAAAAGAAAAUAAAUUGGAGCCCAUUAUUAUAUUUCUAACGGACGGUGAACCAACCGAGGGUGAAACUGAUGGUGAUCGAAUAAUCAGUUAUCUCUCUGAAAAAAAUGGUGGCGCGAAGCGAGCUCCGCUAUACUCACUUGCUUUUGGUGACGACGCGGACCGCGCGUUCCUGCGCAAGCUGUCGCUGCGCAACGAGGGCUUCAUGCGGCACAUCUACGAGGCGGCGGACGCGGCGCUGCAGCUGCACCACUUCUACCGACAGGUGUCCUCGCCGCUCCUCGCUGACGUUAAGUUCCUCUAUCCUCGCAGACAGAUAAGAGAAGGAUCUGUCAGUAGAAGCCAGUUUCGUACGAUCAACGACGGCUCGGAAGUGGCAGUAGUAGGAAGGAUCGCAGAGCACGUCAAUGAAAUCACGCCGCAAGUGCGUGGAUUAAGAGGCGACGGAGAUGGUCGCAGGAAACUUUACGAGAUCAAUCCUAAAGUGCCGGUGACACGUGAUAAGGACGAUCACUUGCCUCUAGAACGGCUCUGGGCAUAUCUUACUAUUAAGCAGCUGCUGGACAAACGCGAUGCCGGCGACGACAGCCAUGGGGACAGCAUCAGCUCAGAGGAGAGCCCAGAGCAGAAGGCGCUUGCUAUAGCUUUACAGUACUCGUUCGUAACAGCUCUGACGUCACUUGUGGUAGUCAGGCUGAACAAAACCGAUAUCGUGGAUCCUGUGAACGUAGAAACAGUUGACGACCCAGGUUUUUUGCGGUAUAAGAGUUCGGCUGCAUCGUCACCGCUGGUCAAAAAAAUCUAUACAGGAUUUGCUUCUGGUGGAUCAUUGAGCGUGGCCUCAAGUGACGGACCUGUGCUGUAUGCUCAAUCAACUAGACGUUUCAACACCGCUACUGGAUAUGGCGGUAACUACGGCAGCGGCCAAGUCCAAAGCGGUCAAAGUUUCGGACACGGUGGUGGAGGCGGCGGACACGGUGGUGGAGGCGGAGGCGGUGGUGGAGGUGGUGGCGGAGGCGGUGGUGGAGGCGGUGGCGGAGGGGAUGGCGGCCUCAGUGUACACAAAAACAAGGGCAUUUUCAAAGAAAUCGAAAAUUGGGGUCUGCCUAUAACUUAUGAAGAAAAAUAUCACCUAAAAGGCUUUAAUUGGACGUCGUCCCUGUACGGAGAAGACACUGACACUCUCGUGUUUGAAGUAAACGGAACUGAAGUCGUUCUUAAGCUCACUGAAGAUAUCAAUCCACCAAAAAUGGAGGGUGGAGACGUGGAGUGCGUGAACAGCACGCCGUUGACUGCUGAAGCUGUGGCGGGAGUCGCCGAGAGCGCCGGCAGUGUCUGCGUGUACAUCUCGCGGUGCUCCGCCGCCCGCGACAUCACUGUUGACGACUAUCGAAACAGCUACUGCAUUGUUAAUAACGGGUAUGCUGGAAUUUGCUGUCCAAGAAGUGAAGUCGACAAAUAAAAUAAAUCUUUGGUUUUAAUUUAUUUCAUUUUUAACACAGUUUGAUUAACUAAUAGAAGAUAGAGUUUUUGUCGUGUUUUUAUGUAAUUGUUUCGUAAUUACAACGUAUAUUAUAGUGAUAAAAUUUAUUAUGAGUGCUUAAAAAAUUAUCUCUAAAUAACCAAUAAAAAGUUCACCAAGUUCA